AGGAUAUGCCGCGUCCCUGCUUGUGAAGAUGCUGAGCAUGUUUCUCUGUUGCCCAAUCCAGCGCCACCGCCCUUGGCUGACGGCAAGUACCCCGUUCAUCACUUUGCAUUAGCAUCAUUCCCUGUCUGUUUCUUUUAGGAAAUUGUAUUAGUAGUAUUCUUUGGAACGGAAUAUGUGGUUCGGUUGUGGUCAGCAGGAUGCCGCAGUAAAUAUGUUGGAAUAUGGGGAAGGCUUCGUUUUGCAAGGAAGCCUAUUUCAAUCAUUGAUUUAAUUGUAGUUGUUGCUUCCAUGAUAGUUCUUUGUGUGGGCUCUAAAGGUCAAGUCUUUGCAACCUCAGCUAUCAGGGGCAUCCGUUUUCUGCAGAUUUUACGAAUGCUGCAUGUUGACCGUCAGGGUGGUACGUGGAGACUGCUGGGAUCAGUAGUGUUCAUACACAGACAAGAACUGAUAACUACACUCUACAUUGGAUUUCUGGGCCUGAUUUUUUCCUCUUAUUUUGUGUACCUGGCUGAAAAAGAUGCUGUAAAUGAUUCUGGAGAAACAGAGUUUGGCAGCUAUGCAGAUGCCCUGUGGUGGGGAGUAGUGACUGUUACAACUAUUGGCUAUGGGGAUAAAGUGCCUCAGACCUGGAUAGGAAAGACCAUUGCAUCUUGUUUUUCAGUAUUUGCAAUUUCAUUUUUUGCACUACCUGCGGGAAUUCUUGGUUCAGGCUUUGCCCUAAAGGUACAACAGAAGCAAAGACAGAAGCAUUUCAACCGUCAAAUUCCAGCUGCUGCCUCUCUCAUACAGACUGCAUGGAGAUGCUAUGCAGCAGAAAACCCAGACUCUUCUACAUGGAAGAUAUACAUUCGAAGACCUGCCAGAAAUUAUCAUUUGCUGUCACCCAGUCCAAAACCAAAGAAAUCGGUGAUGGUUAAAAAGAAGAAAUUUAAGUUAGACAAGGACAAUGGGCCUUCUUCUCCAGAUAGGAUGUUAACUGUUCCACACAUCACUUAUGACCACGUGGCAGAGGACAGGAAACCUCAUUUCAGUUUUGAAGCAUAUGAAAAUUCUGUGAAAAAAAGCCCAACGUUUUUAGAUGUGAACACAGGACCCUUCAUCAGGACCAACAGCUUUGCUGAUGAGCUUGACCUGGAGGGUGAGACACUGUUGACCCCAAUAACUCACAUCUCACAGUAA